AUGCCGAGCGUCGGCACACGAGUGAAAGUCCCUUUCGCCCGGGGUACCACCGUGGGUAUCUGCGUCAGCGACACCGUUGAGAACCCGCAUAAAACCCUCAAAGACGUCGAAAGUGUGCUGGACACCGCAGCCAUUGUCCCCGCAGAACUGAUGGCGCUGGCUCACUGGAUGAGCAAUUACUACCACUACCCACUGGGUGAAAUUUUAGCCACUGUACUGCCUGCUGCUGCCCGUCGUGGUGCCACCUGCAGCAUCGACCCUCCAGAUCACUGGCGUGUGUCCAGCGAUGCGUUCGACAACGCACGUGCACCGGCACAAGCCGCCCUGUUCAAUGAUCUGCUGCAGCAGGGACCCACUGCCACCGCUGAUCUGGUUGCGGCAGGCCAUAGCCGCGCGACGUUGAAGAAUCUGAGCAAGGGUAACUACAUUGAGCGCUGUGAACCGGACAUCACCCCUCCCAGUGAAACACCGCCGACCCCAACAGACGCGCAGAAUACCGCCAUCAAGGCAGUCGCUGCCGCCCUGAAGAGUUUUGCGCCAUUUCUACUGGAGGGGGUAACCGGCAGUGGCAAAACCGAAGUAUAUCUGCGCACCAUUGCGCCGGUUGUUGAAAGUGGCCAGCAGGUGUUGGUACUGGUGCCUGAAAUCGCAUUGACGCCGCAAACCCUGUCACGCUUUCAGCGCCGUUUCGGGCAGGUUGGCAUGUUGCACUCCAACCUCAGUGAUAACGAGCGGCUACAAACCUGGCUGAAGUGUGCUGCAGGUGAAAUUUCGGUUUUGAUCGGCACGCGCUCAGCGGUAUUUACUCCGUUCAAAGCGCUGGGCCUGGUCAUUGUUGAUGAAGAACACGACAGUUCUUAUAAACAGGGUGAUGGAUUGCGUUACUCCGCCCGGGACCUUGCCAUCAAAAGGGCUCAGACUCAUCAGGUGCCGGUAGUGCUGGGCAGCGCCACACCUUCCCUGGAGUCGUUAUAUAACGCCAAUCUCGGGCGCUACCAGAAACUCGAUCUGCCGUAUCGGGCAGGCAACGCACAGAUGCCCAGCUAUCGGGUCAUCGAUAUGCGUGGCAUCCAGCACACAGACGGUAUCUCUGUACCGCUGGAGCGCGUGAUCCGCGACCACCUGAGAGCGCAAGGCCAGGUCCUGGUGUUUCUCAACCGCCGCGGGUUUGCACCUACGCUGUUGUGCGCGGCGUGUGGCUGGCAGGCGCAUUGUUCAGAUUGCGACGCGCGCUUAACCCUGCACAAAAAUCCGAGCCACCUGGUCUGUCACCACUGCAGCCUGAAGUUUCAGGUACCCAAAACCUGUGAAGGAUGCGGUGGCAAUGGUCUGAUACCCGUCGGGCUGGGCACCCAGCGCACCGAAUCCGGCCUGCAGAAUCUGUUCGGCGAUGUACCCGUCUAUCGUAUCGACCGCGACACAACGCGGACCAACGCAAAGCUGGAGGCGCAGUUUGCCAAAGUGAACCAGGGUGACCCCUGCAUCAUGGUCGGCACCCAGAUGCUGGCCAAAGGUCACCAUUUCCCCAACGUCACCUUAGUUGCGGUGCUCAACGCUGACGCAGGUUUCGCCAGCGCCGAUUUUCGUGCUCCAGAGCGCACCGCCCAACUGAUUGUUCAAGUGGCAGGACGUGCCGGGCGGGAACAGCGCCCAGGCCAGGUAUGGAUACAGUCUUACCAACCUGAGAAUGUUCUACUGCAGCGCCUGAUCAACGAGGGCUAUCCUGGUUUUGCAGCCGCUGAGCUUGCUGAGCGAGCUAAAAAUGGAUUCCCACCGAUGCACUCAAUGGCGCUGCUGCGAGCUGAAUCAGCUCAGGGCCAGGAAGCCAUGGAAUUGCUCAACCAGCUAAAAGCACAAUUAAGCGGUGUCGAAAUCAUGGGCCCGGUACCGGCACCCUUGGCACGCAUUGCCAACCGCAAUCGUUUUCAACUGUGCCGUACACACUACGUUGGUCUAUUGAUAUUGAUCCUUACGACAGUCUUUGAGCGCAGACCUCGCGAGAAGUCGCUGGUAUGCGCACUGGUAGGCGCUGCCAUUGUCAUCCUUGCGGCCUACGCACCGGAUUACCUGAGUGAAAACAGCAAGGCUGGCGCAACAUCAGUCACCACCGCAGCAGAUCAGGUGCUGGCAGAUCCGGAACCCUACGCCGUACCGUCCACCAGCAGCAGUGAUCAACCAGACGUCUGGCAUAUUCAGGCUGCCUCGUUUCGCGAAAAAGCAGACGCCGAUGCGCUACGCGCGCGCCUGUUGCUCGAUAACCUGCCGGCUACCACAGAGGUUUCCAGUGCCAAUGGCAGCCAAUGGCACAGAGUGGUACUGGGGCCAUUCGCCCGGCGAGUAGAUGCCAACCGGGCGAUGACCCGCCUGCGGGAACAAGGCAUUUCCGGCAUGUGCUACCCAUGCACCGGCUUACAACACACACUGCUCUCGGACAAGGACACCCCGAGCGCCGGCGUCGCUGGCCAGCGCAAUGCAGCUUUAAUCGACACGUACGAAGGGUAUUUUAUGGAACUGUUUCACGGCACCACCAUUGUCAGCGUCAGAGACGCAACACAUGUGGCUAUGGGCGGCGAUGGCCAGGUUUCAAUUGGCGACACGGUCAUGAAAGGCAACGCGGUGAAGGUGCGUAAGCUCUACCAGGGCAAAGUCAUGGCCGGUUUUGCCGGUAGCACCGCAGACGCGUUCACCUUGUUUGAAAAAUUUGAGGGCACCCUGGAGAAGUACGGCGGACAGCUUACCCGUUCGGCAGUUGAACUGGCCAAAGAGUGGCGCACAGAUCGCGCCCUGCGGCGCCUUGAAGCCAUGCUCAUUGUCGCCGAUCAGACCGCCACUUUACUGAUCAGUGGCACCGGCGAUGUGAUUGAACCUGAAGCCGGCGUACUCGCGAUUGGCUCGGGUGGCGCGUAUGCCCGGGCAGCAGCAACCGCGCUGGCUGAAAACACAGACAUUCCCGCCGCCGAAGUAGUUGCCAAAGCACUGAAAAUUGCCGGUGACAUCUGCAUCUACACCAACCAUCAACACACCAUCGACGACGCCAAACGCGCCGUUGCCAUAGCUUUGCGUAACCGCUGGCGACGGAUGCAGAUAGAACCCGCGUUGCGCGAAGAAAUCAGCCCCAAAAAUAUCCUCAUGAUCGGUCCUACCGGCGUUGGUAAAACCGAAGUGGCCCGCCGUCUGGCGAAACUGGCGCAGGCGCCAUUUAUCAAAAUUGAGGCCACCAAAUUCACCGAAGUGGGUUAUGUGGGCCGCGAUGUAGACUCCAUUAUCCGCGACUUAACAGAAGUGGCGGUAAACAUGCUGCGCGAAAUCGAAAUGAAGCGUGUACAGACACAGGCAGACGACCGCGCCGAAGAACGUAUUCUCGACGCCCUGCUGCCUGAGCCCCGCGCGGUGGGCUUUGGCGACGACGCCGCUUCCAAGGAUGGCUCCGCAACCCGCCAGAUGUUCAGGAAAAAACUGCGCGAAGGCGAGCUCGACGAGAAAGAAAUUGAUAUAGAGCUGUCGCAAAUGGCCAUGGGUGUAGAAAUCAUGGCACCGCCGGGUAUGGAAGAAAUGGUCAGUCAGAUGCAGGGCAUGUUCAGCAACCUUGGCAAUAGCCGUAAAACCACCAAACGCCUGAAAAUCAAAGACGCAAAAGACAAAAUUCGCGAGGAAGAAGCCGCCGGACUGGUUAACGAAGAGGACAUCAGGUCCCGUGCGGUAGAUGCCGUUGAACAAACCGGUAUUGUGUUUAUUGACGAGCUGGACAAAGUUGCCAAGCGUACAGAAAACAACAGUGCGGACGUUUCCAGAGAGGGUGUACAACGUGACCUGCUGCCACUCAUCGAAGGCUGCACCGUCACCACCAAAUACGGCGUUGUGCGCACAGACCAUAUCCUGUUCAUCGCCUCAGGCGCUUUUCACCUGGCCAAACCCAGCGAUCUGAUUCCAGAGCUGCAGGGGCGGCUGCCGAUUCGGGUUGAACUCAAAGCGCUCACCCCGGAAGACUUCAAGCGUAUUCUGGUAGAGCCAAAUGCCAGCCUGACCGAACAGUAUCAGGCGCUGAUGAGCACGGAACAGAUAGAUCUGGAGUUUUCCGAUGACGGCAUAGAGCGCAUUGCUCAACUGGCCUGGCAGGUAAAUGAAGGCACCGAGAACAUCGGCGCCAGGCGGUUGCAUACGGUGAUGGAACGGCUGCUUGAGAACUUGUCGUUCGAGGCUGGUGACAGCAUUAAGAAACACGUCCUGGUGGACGCUGAAUAUGUCGAUGCUCAUCUGGGCGACCUGGUCAGCGACACUGAUUUAAGCCGCUUUAUCUUGGUCUACAGCCCCUCUGCGGAAGUACGCGGUCAUUCGCCAGAUCAGCGCAAGCUGCAGACGGGCAAAAAGAACGUGGGUAUCCGGCAGAUUGAGCCCGUAGGUAACUAUGCAAUUCGCAUCGUAUUUGACGAUGGUCAUGACAGCGGUAUUUUCGCCUGGGAGUUUCUGCACGAUCUGGGCAAACAGAUGGACAAGUACUGGCAGGAUUACAUCACCGAAUUAAAAACCGCUAACGCAUCACGGCUACCCAGUAUUCCCGUAGGACACGACCAGCAACAAGUUAAUUUCGGUUUCAAAAAGGUCACGCCUGCGGAGAAGACCGCAAUGGUUGGCGACGUUUUUAAACGCGUCGCGAAACGCUACGAUGCGAUGAACGAUCUCAUGUCUCUGGGCACACACCGCAUCUUUAAGCGUAUGGUGAUUCAGAUGUCCGGUCUGCGUACGGGACACACCGUGUUAGACCUGGCUGGUGGUACCGGCGACAUGUCCGCUCUGUUUGCAGAUGCUGUCGGCGAUACCGGCACUGUCGUAUUAACAGAUCUCAAUGCACAAAUGAUGCAGGUGGGCCGUGAUCGCCUGCUCGACCAGGGCUGCGCCCAGGUUGAAUUCAUCCGCGCACCCGCCGAGGCACUGCCUUUUGCCGACAACACGUUCGAUUGUGCAUGUGUCAGCUUCGGCUUACGGAAUUUCACUGACAAAGACCUUGCGCUGCGGGAGUUGCUGCGCGUCCUGAAGCCAGCCGCUGCACUGCUAGUGCUGGAAUUCUCGAAACCUGAAAACCCUGCACUCAGCGCCGCCUAUUCUGUUUUUCAGUCUCUCUGGCCCAGCGCAGGACAGGCAAUUGCCGGUGAUUCGGAACCUUAUAAGUACCUGGUGGAAUCCAUUCGGGUACACCCCGACCAACGCGCCUUAAAGCAAAUGUUUGAAGAUGCUGGUUUUACGGACACCAGUUAUCACAACCUGGUUGGCGGCGUAGCCGCCAUUCAUCGCGGCUGCAAACCCGUGAGUCAUCAGAUCACCGCGGGUGUGCUCGCAUCCGACCCUGUGACCGCUGGUCAAUUUGCCGCUUUUGCCGGUCGUUGUAUCGAGCUGCAAAGCCAUACGCCUGCAUUCACCCUGCACCUGGUUCUACAGGCUGAUGGCGUGCAGACAUUCUCAGGGCCUGCAGAGACACCCCACGCGAUUAUCAAAGGCAGCGGCCGCGAACUGAUACAGGCUCUGCUACCCGGUGGCAGCCUUGAUGGCUUAACAAUUGAAGGCGAUACAGCCCUGCUGUUUAACCUGACAACGCUGUUGAAGAAGUUCUCUCCGGAUGUUGCCACGCCGCUCGGACGUUUUAUCGGCGAAGCCAAUGCGGCCAACCUGGUGGGUAGCGCAGAGCUUGGCCUGGCCGGCCUGAAAACGGCAUUGUCAGGCUUGAGCCAGACGGUGCAGCAACAGGCGACAGGGCAAUUCGUAAAAGUUAGACAAUUAGAUGAAUUGUUAGAAGGGAUUGAUGGGCUGCGCUUGCGUGUGGAUCGACUCGCGGCUAAUUUAAGCCGGGUUUUCCGCCACAGGCUUGACCUGCUGAUACCCGUUGAAACCAUCCCCAGAGCUUUCCCGCGCUGGUGUUUAAGAACCCUGCACAAAAUUCUACCGACGCCUUCCACACCACGCGGGCAACGUCUGAAGCAGGCGUUUGUCGAGCUGGGGCCAGUCUAUGUGAAACUCGGACAACUGCUGUCUACGCGACGGGAUCUUUUGCCGGCAGAUAUUGCGGACGCUCUAGCUGAUCUGCAGGACAAAGUGCCACCGAUCGCCAAUUUCGACGUUGACAGAUUUGUCAGCACACAACUCGGCACCGCCAGCGGAUCGGUUUUUUCGGAGCUGCAGCACACCCCUCUGGCAAGCGCAUCCAUUGCCCAGGUUCAUUGCGCUACGCUGAAUACCGGCGAAAGUGUGGUGGUCAAGCUGGUCCGACCGGGCAUUGAGCAGGCCAUUGUGCAGGACAUGGCCCUGCUGAAAAAACUCGCCGGUUUGAUUAAUAACAAGAUUCCAGGGGCGCAGCGUUUGCAACUGCCCAGGGUCAUGUCUGACCAUGAAGACGUGUUAUUGCAGGAGCUCACCAUGUUUGGUGAGGCGCGCAACCAGAUUCAGCUGCGGCGCAAUUUUGCAGAUUCCGACCUGCUCUAUGUACCCCGCGUGUACCCCGAACAUACCCGCGAGCAGCUGCUGGUUAUGGAACGGGUUUAUGGCAUUCCCAUCAACCAGGUUGAUGAACUCAAAGCGCGUGGCGUGGACCUCAAAGUACUGGCUCACAAGGGUGUAGAAACGUUCUUCAAGCAGGUUUUUGAACACAACUUUUUCCACGCCGAUAUGCAUCCCGGCAAUAUCCUGAUCGAUACCACCGAUCCGGUUAACCCCAAAUACAUCGCACUGGAUUGCGCCAUCAUCGGCAGCCUUACUGAAGCUGACCAGAAUUAUCUGGCGCAGAACCUGCUGGCAUUUUUCCAUCGUGAUUAUAAACGCGUGGUCAGCCUGCACCUGGAAUCAGGCUGGGUGCCAGCUGACACCGAUGCUGAAGAAUUUGAAGCCGUGAUCCGCGAUGUCUGUGAACCCAUUUUUGCCAAACCGCUGGCGGAAAUCUCAUUUGCUGAGUUUGUCAUCACCCUGCUCGACACCGCUGGCAAGUUUGAAAUGGAAGUUCAGCCACAGCUGGUUCUGCUGCAGAAGACACUUCUCUAUAUUGAGGGCCUGGGUCGUCAGCUGUACCCGGAACUGGAUUUAUGGGAAACCGCUCAGCCGUUCAUGGAACGCUGGGCAACUCAGCACCUUGGUCCGGUUGGGGUUGUGAACGACUGGAUAAAUGCCGGUCCCCAGGUGUGGCAACAACUGUCGCGCCUGCCAAUGGUCAUGGACCAUACAGAAACGGAAAUUCGGGUGCUGAAAAGCCAGCUUAAACGGCAGGCAUCAGGUCUGGCCCAGAUUGAGAAAAACAUGGCGCAAGCCGCCAGCAGGCGUCGGCUCGGCCGCCUGGCAGGUAUUAUUGUGCUGCUUGCCAGUGUGUGGUGGCUAUGGACGCCCUUGAACCAGACGUUCGCCCAGGGUGACCUGAGCCUUCUGUUAGAUGAACUUGCCGCGGUACUUGAAGCGCGCAAACAACAAGCCCCUGAAUCUUCUUACGUUGCCAGCCUGUAUCACGAAGGCACCAACCGAAUUCUGCAGAAGAUCGGCGAAGAAUCCGCAGAAUUAAUUAUUGCCGGUAAAGACAAUUGUGCAACAUCUGAGUUGCGAAAUGGCAGCACACGGGAUGAAGUUGUCAAAGAAACUGCGGAUCUGUGGUUCCACUGCAUGGUAUUGCUGGCACACCAGGGGCUCAGUCAUAACGAAGUACUGGCAGAGUUAGGGUCGCGUUUUGGUAUCAGCGGCCACGAUGAAAAAGCCAGCCGCUCCACAUAA